CGUUCAGGAGCGGCUGAAGCGGCUUGGGGUGACGGGGAGAAGCUUAAGCGCAUGCGCGCUUCCUCCUCCAUCCUCUCUGCUCUUUCAGAGACCCGAAGGAGCCGCAGGUAGGAGCUUCGCCGUGCCCAUCCUCUCCUAGGAGGCGGGGAUCGUGAGUACAGUAAUACCUUGGCCUGCUGCCAGCGGAUCACGUGACUCCAGGUUGUCUCCUUUGUAUCUGCAGCAACGGGGCAGACUGCUCCAGCCGCUGUUAUGAGGUAAUACUGAAAGAUUAUGUCCACUAUGGUGUACCCCAGGGAGGAGAAAAUGGACAAGCUAAGCCAAGAAGAGAUUAUCUCCAACACUAAGCUGGUGAUGCAAGGGCUGGAGGCCCUUAAGAAUGAGCAUAACUCGAUCUUGCACAGCCUACUGGAGACGAUCAAGUGUCUGAAGAAGGAUGAAGAAGCCAAUCUAGUACAUGAGAAAGCCAACCUGCUACGCAAGUCAGUGGAGAUGAUUGAGCUGGGACUUGGAGAAGCUCAAGUCAUGAUGGCUCUGUCAAACCACCUGAAUGCUGUGGAGUCCGAAAAGCAGAAAUUGCGGGCCCAGGUGCGCAGGCUCUGCCAGGAGAACCAGUGGCUACGGGAUGAACUAGCAAACACUCAGCAGAAGCUGCAGCGCAGUGAACAAACUGUGGCACAGCUUGAAGAAGAAAAGAAACAUUUGGAGUUCAUGAACCAGCUGAAGAAAUAUGAUGAAGAUGUAUCCCCAUCGGAGGAGAAGGAAGGCGAUUCCACAAAGGAUUCUUUGGAUGACUUGUUUCCAAAUGAGGAAGAGGAUCAGGGACAAGGAUUGCCUCAUCAACACAGCAGUGCCGUAGCAGCUGCUCAGCAAGGUGGUUAUGAGAUCCCAGCACGCUUGCGUACACUACAUAAUCUGGUGAUCCAGUAUGCAUCACAGGGACGUUAUGAGGUAGCUGUGCCUCUUUGUAAGCAGGCCCUGGAGGAUUUGGAGAAGACUUCAGGACACGAUCACCCUGAUGUGGCCACCAUGCUCAACAUCUUGGCCUUAGUAUAUAGGGAUCAAAAUAAAUAUAAAGAGGCAGCUCACCUGUUGAAUGACGCAUUGUCUAUUAGAGAGAAAACUCUUGGCAAAGACCACCCUGCAGUUGCUGCAACCCUAAAUAAUCUGGCUGUUCUCUAUGGCAAAAGAGGGAAAUACAAGGAGGCAGAACCAUUGUGCAAGCGUGCGCUGGAAAUCCGAGAAAAGGUUUUAGGCAAAGAUCACCCUGACGUGGCCAAACAGUUAAAUAACUUGGCUUUACUAUGCCAAAAUCAGGGCAAGUAUGAAGAGGUAGAAUAUUACUAUCGCCGAGCGCUGGAGAUCUACGAAUCCCGCCUAGGGCCUGAUGAUCCAAAUGUUGCUAAAACAAAGAACAAUCUGGCCUCCUGCUACCUGAAACAAGCCAAAUACAAGGAUGCAGAGACCCUGUACAAGGAAAUUCUCACCCGUGCCCACGUGAAGGAAUUUGGCACUGUUGAUGAUGAACACAAGCCUAUAUGGAUGCAUGCAGAAGAAAGGGAGAAAAUGAGCAAGAGUAAACAUGGAGAAAACAUCCCCUAUGCAGAGUAUGGUGGCUGGUACAAGGCCUGCAAGGUUAGCAGCCCCACAGUGAACACUACCCUGCGGAACCUGGGUGCGUUAUACAGACGUCAGGGCAAACUGGAGGCUGCAGAAACUUUAGAAGAGUGUGCACUGCGUUCCAGGAGACAGGGUAUUGACCCCAUUAACCAGACUAAGGUGGUGGAAAUUCUGAAAGAGGGUGAUGGCUCUGAGAGGAGGAGGAGCCGAGACAGCCUGGGGGGCAGCAUCAAAUAUGAGAAUACCACAGAUGGUAAUGAGGAAGCUUAAAUGCCUCCUGAGACUUCUCCCCCCUCCCUUCCACCAACACAAUCACCUGGAUGCUUAUGCAGCUUCUUUCGACUUUUUCUUCCAAACCAUCCCCCUCCUUCCACUGCUCCUGCUUUCCUCGGCAAGGACUCCACACCUGUCCCCCAACCAACCUUCCAUCCCAAGUGACUACCAAGGAGCACAGCAGAAGAAUAUUCAACUGGCUGCACACCGCUCUACUACAGCACCAACCAGCAAGAGAACAGGAAGAAACUCUACGAGGUUGCCUCUCCCCACUUCCUUUGUGUGCCAGAACAGGACUUUUUCAGGAUUCCUUGUGGUUCCUCUCUUCUCUUUCCUGUACCUGAACCAAGGGAGGGGGGUUGAUAUCUGAAAGUGACCUUGUUCCCUGUUCUGGAUACACUACAUUCACAAUUGCCCAUCUUCCUAUUCCUUGCCUUCACAUUUUGCUGCCUCCAUUUGAACAAUUUGCCCCCUCCUGAUCUUUCAUGCUGCUUCCCUUUUCUUUCUCUUGCUUCCAUGGCAGAGAGUACAAAAUUUUAAAAUAGAAACAAACACCCUAAUAUCUCCCCCCCUCCCAUAUUUAAAUUGUAGAUAAAUACAAUUUAUAGGAUAAAUGGGGUGAAUAAAUCACGCUCUUAACUGUUUGAUGACAAAAAAGUUUGAAUGCCCACUGCUGCUUUUAUACAAGCCUGGUUUCUAUCUUAUGCAGUAAUCUAGUCCAGAGACCCAUAAAGAAAGAUAUGGAAACAGCUCAUCUGUAUUCUCUAGUAUCUGAAGCCCUUUAGCUUCAGGAUGUAACAGAGACAAAAUCUUGAGCUGUACCUUCUCUCUAAAAUCUUACUUUCACAGAAAUGAAAAUAGGAUAAACAAAGGCAUUAGAUAUGGAAAGAUAACAAUAGCAGAAGGUGGCAUUAAGAGAGUGUUAAUGUUAAGUGUUUGAUUAAUCCAAGUCUGCACUUGCCUGGCCUGUCGCACUUCAGGAUGCUUGCAUUUCACAAGAAAAUGCUUCUCUAAUAUUACAACCUUGGGAAUAUUUUUCUCCCACAGUUCCUUGCUCAUAGAAGGAACAGUAAUUGCUGAACGAGAUGGCCUGUCACUUUUUCCUUAUCACUCUGGUCACAGAGCAAGAUGAGUAGGGUUGUUGAUGGAUUUUCUUCUCUGAAUUUAUUCUCAUUAAUGUAAAUUUUUAAUAACACAUUGCAUGUGUGGUCCCAGCCAAAUGCCACAAAGCAAGCACAUAGAAGAUUGGUGUGUUAAAUGGUAAUGUAGCACUAUAACUGCUGCUUAUUUAGAAGCAUGUCAAAUGAGCACAGAAGAAAGUAGGAAUUUGCACACCCUGUACAAGAAUGAUGAAGCAAGAAGUCUUGCAUGCAAGAACAAGGAGCACAGACAGUAGAAGGCAGAAGUUUUAAAGUGGGAAUAAGUUGGCCCACUGAGACAGCUCUGGAGGAAUUUAACAGAGGGAGAAAGGCUCUAGAAGAAGUGGAUUUUCAAUAUGUAUAGUACCAUCCUGUUUGUGUUUUCUUAGAGAUAAGUAAAAUUGCAUUUAAUUCUGUUUCCUCCCAGAUGUCUAGGAUUACCACCCUGGUAGAAGCCAUCUUUGAACGCCUGAGCAUGUUGCCAUUUUGCGAGCUAAGAUGGGGGCCCAGGGCAGGAGGAAAAGGGUGAUUCCCUCAGGAAUUGGGCUAUAAUAUUUUUCCAGGGUAGGGAUAUGACUCCAGAAUACAAAUGGGAUAUAUUGAUCUCAAAUUGUUGAGAAAGGGAGGAAAAAAACUGAUAAUAUUCCAAUCUGAAGAAAGUUGAGACAUGUUCGGUAUAGCAAAGAAAGAAGUCUUCUCUUUCACCCAGAAAAAACUGGAUGUUGAGAUUUUUUUAGGCUAGGAACCUAGUUUCUAAGAUAGUAAGUUUCUUUAUUAUUUACAUUGGUGUUAAAUAUGUGGUUCUUUCAUUUCUGAGGGAUAGCCAUAUGAUUUGAUCCAUCUCCUGGGCAAGCAGAUCUGAGGGAAGACCUCCUUUCAGCCUACUGGCUGAUCAUAGUUUUAGGCUGUGUGCAUGUGAGAGGGGGAGGGGGUUAAUGUAGUUCAAUACCUUUGUGAGUACAGCUGGUUUCUGAAAGAAAGAAAAUAUUAGAUAAGUUUACAACUUAGGCUAAGUAUUAGAUAAGACUUAAGCAGUCUUUGAAACUGCGAGUGCUGGCAAAUGGAACUGAAUAAUAAAAGUAUAGCACGAUCUCUUUGUAUGGCUCUUUUUGAAAUAGCCAUGCCUGUCUCCUGUUGGAGGAGCACCAAACCAGACCAUUCAUUCAACCCGGGAAGGUUAUACUCAGGUGGAGCUUUGCCACAGGGCAGUUCAAAAUGUCUUUUAUGCAGCUCCUUUGAGAAGUCUUGUGCAGCUGUGGUGGAACCUUUGCUUUUGGCCACAUGCUUCAGGAAAGGAGACAUUCAUGCAUGUCUGAAGCAGGGCAGCUUCUGCCUUCCCCUAAGGCUGAGAUGGGCAGUAAGUGUGAUCUGUCCUGUUGCUAAAAAGCCUCUUGUCCUACUUUCACUAGCAGUUAUGGCUCUGCCCUGCCCAAGUAGGGUAGGUGGCUGAUGAUCCAAUGAAGAAGCCCCUGGAGUGGACCUAAAUGUUGCUCUUGCAUCCUCCCCAUAAAAUGCUACCAGCUCUCUUCCCAGCUCUACAUACUGUGUUGUGCUGGGCUAUCUGCAAGUCUUUUUAUCUCACUGUCUAGGGGGGCUGAAACUCUGUGUUUUACUCUGCCUUUGAGACAUACAUGGUGCUUUCCUUGUUGCUGUGAACUAAUUUACCUCUGAUUAAAGGCAGAAGGACCCGAACCUUUGCUUCCUUGUGCCUCUUUUCCAUAUGCUGUCUUUUUUUUAAUCCAUUUCUUUCCAUAAAACACAAAUAUUUACACUACCAUACACUACAAAUAAUCUGAGUGUUUUUUCCCCUUCUUGUUCACUAGAAGAGCAGAAAACAGGUGUGCAUGUGUGUUUGUGUUUAAAAUAUGAAUGCUUUGUAUGGCAAUGGUGCAGAGAGAUGAAUCUCCCUUAGAAGAGAGUCAUUGCUUACAUAAAGUAGCUUUGAAUUUAAUCGCUCUAUAAAACUGAAGGGGAAAACAGAAAUUUUAAAAAGAUGGGAUUUUUGAAAGAUGUAUCUGUGUAGGAUGUUUUCAGGGUCUGAGAAUCUAGCCCUCAAGGAGAAAAUGCUGCUGAACAGCACUUCAAGGGACAAUAGCAUAAAUCAAGUCCCAUUUUCUACAUAUCUACCUUGCCUUCUUGAAGUCCAGCUGUGUUGGACUUCGGCUUCCCAGCUCCCUAGGUAAUAUGUGACUAUGCUUGCUAUGGCGUAUGGGAGUUGACAUCCAAUACAUUUGGAAGGUAUCAGAUUCAGGAAGUUGACUAUAUUGUAUCCCCAAGCUUACAGAACUUCUUUUUCUGCUUCUUCCCAGAGCAUAACAAAUCCUAGCAAUAAUGCUUAGCCUAAUGCUUAUUUUCUGCUAGCUAUGUAAUUAAGAAUGCAUUUAUAAUUGGAAAAUUAUGUAAAAAUAAAACUUCUGAAGCAGUUAAAAUAGGCAAAUUCAUGUUGCCUGACAGGAAGAAAGAAAGUAUUCUUUCCCAUAAAACCAAUAUGUUUUAAUAUUUCAUGCUAUUCAUGAUGGGAAUGCCUGCCUUGAUCAGGUGAUCAAUAAACAAUUUGUACCUGAUUUUUCUAAAAGACAAAAGUGACAGAAUGUGACACAGGUGUCUUGUGUAUUACUGUAUAUGUCUUUCUUUGAAAAUAAUAAUGAAGUAAUGGAUGUAGUGAUAUUCACGUUUUUGAGUUUCACUGAACUUUGCAUUGGACAGAGCUAGAAGUUAGGGAAUCUCAGGUGUUUAUAGCAAGCUUGACUACCAAGAAAGCCAGAGUUUGAUAUUCUCUUCCUGACAAUAAGCUCUAUUGAAUUCAGUGGAUUUUAUUUUUAAAUAGACAUGUAUACAAUUGGGCUUUAGAGAAUUUGCAUUGCUGAUGUAAUUUAUUGUUUUCUAACCAGUCACUUAGUCGCCCAUAGACAAUUUUGAAAAUAUUAAUAAACAACCUUUUAUAAAGGACAUGAAUACACUGGCAUUAUACUUGUAGUAAUGAUAUAGAUUUAUUGUACUUCACAGGCACAAUCUUAUAUUCAGCCUUCCCAACCUAGUUCUCUCCAGAUGUGCUGGGACCAUAGCACAAAGCUGGGAAUUUUGGAAGUUGUAGUCAAACACAUCUGGAGGGCACCAAGUUUGUGCGAAUUAGUGUAUAUUUAUUUCUCAGAUUAAUUCCAUUGCAGCUUUAGGUCAGAUUUAAUGGGUAAAAGACUACAGUAACUGUAAUUGCAGCACCAAUAUUGUAAAAGGCUGAAAUGAAAAGAUGUACGCCUAAUCUUCGUAAUUAAGAGAUUUGUAUGUAAAAGCCAGGUAUAUCUUUUCUUGCAAAAUGUCUGACUUCUUCCAUAAUGUAAACUACAGUAGAUCAGCUAUUUUCUGUAAACCUGAGUUGUGCUACAAUCAGAUUAAACAUAAAUGGUGGAAAACUAGAGCAAGUAGAUGAAUUUCUGCACAUUGAUAGAAUUGUUAUUAAAGAUGGGGAAAUAAAUGGAGAAUUUUAAGACAUGUAAACGCCUGUAGAAAAAUAGUAGGUAGCAUGUGGUCUAUUGCAAGGAAUAAAAGAAACAAAAACAAUUAUGUGUAACAAUGUGCUUCUGCCCACUUCAUUACAUGGAAGUGAAUUAGGUAUGUUAGGAGAAACAUAUAAGUUGAAUACAGCAGGGAUAGCUAUAUAAGAUUUGCGCUGUAAAACAAGAAAAGCUAGAGUCAAUGAAUGCUGAGUGAAAGUGGAUUCGCUCACUCAACAGUGAGUAACCAAUAUGAAAGAAGUAUGUUGAGGUGGUUUGGUCAUACAGAGAAUGAGCAUUGAAUUACAACUCAAAUAUAUGAAGGAAGAGUAAAUGGGCCAAGAGGAAGGGGAAGUCCAAAAAAUUAAUGGUUGUAUGGAGCUGAUAAUUUAAUUUAAUUUAAUUUAAUUGAUUUAGGCACCGCCCAACUCCAGAAUGACUCUGAGAUCCUGAAAAAGAGCGAGACGAGAAUUUUAAUGAAUAAAAGGCAGUGCAGGAAGUGGUAUAUGGGUGUGAUGGAAGCAAGGGUGGUUUGCAAGGGGAGAACAAUAUGGAAAAGCAUAGUGAAUGGUCUUUGUGAAAACAAGUUUGAAUUAGUUUUCUAAUGUUAUUAAUUUCUUUGGCUUCCUAUUUCUUACUCUUUUUCUGGACUCUGAAAAACAUUGUUUACUCUAAAAGGGAAUAGUGUGAUUGAUAUGUAUGAAGUAUGUAUGUGUGCAUAGUCUUGUAUUUAUUAAAUGGUAACUGUAGCAGUCACUACUAGAACUCAUAUACCUGUAUUAAGGUUGGUUGUAGCAGUCUGUUGUAAUAAAUUUCAAGUAAUCACCUAAUGUUAUGAGGGAAAUUUCAAGCAAUUAUCUAAUGUUAUCAGGCAAGGAGAGAAGUUUGUCAUAUACUCACAGCCCCUCAAGCCAGCCUUCUUUGGUGUGAUUCCUUCAUGUAUUUUGGAGUAUACUACUAUAAUCACUAUCAUAUUUGGCAAUUUUGACUGAGGAUGUAGUCAACAUAUCUGGAGAGUACUAAGUUGGGAAGGUUGUUCUUGAACUGUUUUACAUGAACCAACUUGGUGCUUUUAAUCUGUCAGUGUACUUCAGGACUGAUUUAUAUCUUAUUAUAGGAUCAUGAUAUCUAUACAAGAACAGGUUGCCUUUAUUUCCACAAUCCCUGUUGUAUAAUCACUUUAUACCACAAAUCACUGCAGUUCUAUCAGAGUUGCUACAGUAUGAUUCAAAAGCACAAUUGUAUCUUUAUCAAGCAAUACACAUCAUUACCCAAGCUCACAUAUAUAAUCUUUGUGUGAUAAUCAGUGAUGGAAGCAGUCAGGCUGACAAGAUCAAAACACAGAUGCUUUUUUCCCUGACUUUUUCCUUCACAAUCUUAUCUCAAAACAGAUAGCUUGCCUGUGAAAGUUGCACCUAGGUUAAUUUUCUUAAGAGAAUGGGCAAGGCUUCAGAAGUCUCUAUCAUCCUGAAUGAAGCAUCUCUUCUAUGCUGUAAAGCACCUCACUUUUCCUUUGGAGUCCUACUUGCCACAAGUUUUAUAUCUUGAUAUGUACAUACUGUACUGUCAUUCUGAUAUGGCAAGAACACCAUCUAUUUCAACUGGGGAGGAUGAAAUCAAUCCAAAUAAAAGUGAAUCCUAUUUUUUGUCAUUCAACAAAUACCUCCUGUAGCCUUUCAUCAUCUGUUCUGUUGAACAAGUCUCUGAAUGCAUUUUUUUUUUGGAGGGGGGAGGUGCUUCAGAGUCAGUUUUUGACUCCUGAUGACGGC